UUACCUGAUGACACCAAGGCACUACCAGAAGUUGGAAAUGGUCAUAUAGCUACAGUAGUAAAAAGUGAUACUAUUUAUAUGAACGGGUUAUAUAAUGGUACCAGUAUUAAAAGUCAUCGAGCCAGGAUCCCAGCCUAUAUCAAUAUCGGUAUCGACUCCAUAGAGCAGUCUACGCCCUUUGUUUAUCUGUUUGUACUUCCAGGAAUGUUCCAAGAGAUCCUGCUGUAUGACAAGGUCAGAGUUGAGAUCCAAACCUACUGUCAUAGAGAGUACUCAAGAGUUCUGGUAGUGAGUGUAGAGGUAGAGAGAAUGGGUUCUAGUAAAGAAGAUCUAACUGUGAAACUGAAAACCAGCCCCGGGUUGAUCAGUGAAGAUAUUAGAUUUAAACUGAUUAAAUGUGUCGACCGAGUCUGUUCUAAGACAGGAGAGACAAUGGAAGCGGAAUAUCCUGAUAGUAAACCGACGAUUCCAGUUUCUAUAGUGUAUGAUGAAAUCUCAGACAUCGUUCUAACAUCUAAUAUACAUGUUUUAACUGUUUAUUACUUUAUGUCUUGUGGGGUUUCUAUUGGUGAAACUAACAGAUCUUAUGAUAGAGCAAUCAAAGCGUUUGAAGCCGGAACUCUGGUAGAAGACCACGUGAAAGCGUGGGAAGAACUAUGGAAUAAUGGUAGAAUAGAUGUAGAAGGAAACAGAAAUUUAUCAACAUCAAUAUAUUCUUCUCUAUAUUAUUUACUCAGUUCAGUUCCCUCACACCCAGACCAAUACAACUGGCCCUUUAUGGGGAUGUCACCUACUGGACUAGCUCAUGGUGUUGACGAGGAUGUAGACUAUGCUGGCCAUGUGUUUUGGGAUCAAGAUACCUGGAUGUUCCCGUCUAUAAUGUUAUUACACUCUACUAUUGGUAAAAUCCUGGUACAAUCGAGGCUAGAUAAACUGACGACAGCUCGACUGUUAGCUAAAUAUAGAGGUCUUCCUGGUGCCGUGUUUCCAUGGGAAUCAGCUUAUACAGGUCUUCCAACAUCAAAUUGUCCGAAUUGUUCCCGGUACGAAAUCCACAUUUCAGCAGACGUGUCUUUAGCAUUGCGUCAGUAUCUAUUUUUAACCAAUGAUAGUGAUUUUCUGGAGCAUGGUGGAACUGAUACACUGAUGGAUUUGGCUACUUUCUGGGCGGCACGAGUCACUCUCAACCCAGAUACCAAACUUUAUGAAAUACAUGAGGUUAUGGGCCCUGAUGAAUGGCAUUUUCCUGUCAACAACUCCGCCUAUACCAACACAGCAGCUCGACUAGCAAUAGAGACUGGAGUAACAGCUAUGAUUAGAAGAGGUCAAAGUCCACCCAGUCACUGGACUGAUAUCAUCAAUAAUAUGUAUAUACCUUUAGAUAAUCAAUAUCAAUAUCAUCCUGAAUAUGAUAGAUAUAGCAGAGGUACGAAUGUAAAACAAGCGGAUGUGAUUCUACUAGGAUAUCCUCUGAUGGAUAAAACUUUAACAAAAGACGUGCAGGAAAAUGAUCUCAAUUACUAUGCUCAAGUGACUCCCCGAGGUCCAGCAAUGACUUGGAGUAUGUUCGCCAUUAAUUUCCUGGAAGUCGGAAACUCGACUUUAGCUGAGAAAUAUUUCAUCAAACAAUCUGAUAACAUUUUACCUCCCUUUAAUGUGUGGACAGAGAAUGCUGAUGGAAGUGGUGCCGUUAAUUUCCAUACCGGAAUGGGGGGAUAUCUACAAUCUAUUUUAUUUGGUUAUGGUGGAAUCAGGGUUCUAGAAGACAGGUUGAACUUUGACCCCCAGUUAAUGUCGUCUGUUGCCUCGUGGAAUAUAACAGGACUAGAUUAUGGCGGGAAUAGUUUUGAUAUGAAGUUUGAUAGAGAGAAUAUGUUUAUAACGUUGACUAAAUCUCAACAUCCGGUAGCUGUAUAUCUCUACCACACCCAGGCUCAAGAACAAUGUUUUCCCCACAAGACUUUAUCUUACCCCAGACAGAAGGCUGCUUUUAAACUUUUACCUGUGAUCGAAAUAGUGUGAAAAGUGCUUUGUUCUGGUCCUGAGCGUAAUUGAAUCAGUUUGAAAUCAUGUCGGAUAAAAUAUAUGAAGAUGGAAAUGGAAGACACUUUUUUAUGUUUUUUUAUUUGAACAACGAGAAUUACAUAAUUAUGAAAUAUUAUAUAAAUAAAAUAAAAGUAAACAAUCUUCUUU